GUCAGGCAAAUAACUUAAGCAUGACCAAGGCGUGCAAGUCUCCCUUUUGGUGUGUGUGUUGUAUACGUAUUUUCAUGACACGGACUUUGACUACUGAUUCAAGACAUUGACAAUUUUCUCUAAGGCAGUCCAAAAUUAAGUCUCUAACUGUUCUACAGUGGGUAGCCGAUUAGCUCGUAAACUUCGACAGCUUGUAAACGCAGGAAAAAAUGGCACAAUGCAUUCUACCAGCCACCACAGAGAGCGACCCUCGACGCAUGGAAGCAGGAAUUGUGAUAAAGGAUGACUGGCCGGGAUACAGCCUCGACCUUUUCACAUAUCCAGAGCAUUACCAUGAGGACAUCGAGAGCGUUUACAUUCCACACGGGGUUAUCAUGGACAGGAUCGAACGCUUAGCCCGCCACAUCAUGGAUGACAUUGGGGACCACGACAUUGUGGUGCUAUGUGUUCUGAAGGGAGGAUACAAGUUCUGCUCAGAUCUGGUGGAGUUCAUCAAGGUGCUCAGCCGCAACUCCAACAAGCACCUGGAGACCAGGGUGGAGUUUAUCAGGCUGAAGAGCUACCUGAAUGACCAAUCGACAGAGGACCUGCACAUUAUAGGAAGUCAAGAUCUGUCUGUGCUUCGAGGGAAGAAUGUGCUGAUUGUGGAGGCGAUAGUCGACACCGGGAAGACCAUGAAGGCUCUUCUGAAGCAUGUCGAGACUUUUGAACCCAAGAUGGUCAAGGUUGCGGGUUUGCUGGUGAAGAGGGUGUCUAAUGGAGUUGGAGGCCUCCCUGACUAUGUGGGAUUCGAAAUCCCCAACCGUUUUGUCGUGGGCUACGCCUUGGACUAUAACGAGUAUUUCCGUGACCUGAACCACCUCUGUGUCAUCAGUGAGAAGGGGAAGGUGAAGUACAAGGUCUGAGAGGAGCACAACACAGACAUCCAGUACUCACCAACGUGACCUAACAUCUGAGUCUUACAAGUCAAGUGUCCUGAGUGGUUUGUUGAUUGUAUGUUUAAAAUCAAAAAAUUAUAUUUCCGUGCGACAAAUCAUGCCCUGAUACCUGUUUACUACAGUUUUUCAUGUUUUUGGCAUUGUGAUAUGGACUUUUAUGGCUUAUUAAAUACAUUUUAACAUUA